AUGGGAAGAACCAGUCUGGUCCUCAGCUUCAUCAUAGUGGCGUAUAUCUCUGGCAUCACUGCUCAGAUUAAAGGUUGUGAAAAAGCCUCCAGGGCCGACAUCGGCUUCCUAGUUGACGGCUCCUCCAGCAUCAGCCCUGGGAACGUCCAGGAGGUCCGGUCUUUUCUCCGCAACUUCAUCAAAGCCCUCGACAUCGGGCCCAACAAUGUUCGGAUCGGCUUGGCCCAGUACAGUAAUGAGCCCCAACCGGAGAUCCUGCUGAAGGACCACUCCGACAAGAGGUCACUGCUGGCCGCCGUGGAGAAAAUCCAGCUCCUAGGAGGGGGAGUCACUGAGACCGGCAAAGCCAUCGAGUUCCUCCGGAAGCAGUUCUUCACCAAGGAGGCGGGAAGCCGAGUUGAUCAACGGGUGCCUCAGAUCGCUGUCGUAAUCACGGAUGGGAAGUCCACUGAUAACGUGAAGGCACCGGCCCAGAAGCUCAGGCAGGACGGGGUCAUGGUGUUUAGCGUCGGGGUGGGAGACGCCAACCGGGAGAAGCUUGAGUCCAUCGCCAACUGGCCUCCAGAUCGCUUCCUGCACUCAGUCGACAGCUACCAGGGUCUGCAGAGGCUAACUGAAGAGCUGCUGGAAACGGUUUGUGGCUCUGUGGUGGAGCAAAAUGAAGCAUUGGCAGAAAGGUUUGCAGAUGUUUUCUUCCUGGUGGACCGCAACAUCGGUCAAGCCCAGUUCACGCUUUUUAGGGUCGACCUUUUGAAAUUGAUCAUUCAAAUUAACCCCGGCGCGUCCACCUACCGUGUCGGGAUGGCGCAGUACGGUGAAGAUACGCAGGUUCAAUUCCUUCUUAAUACUCAUCAAACAAAACAAGAGCUCCAGGCUGCUGUCAGAGGUUUCCGCCUGCGCCCCCAACCCAACCGGCCCCGUAACCUGGGAAGGGCUCUGCAGAACGCCUUCGCUCACUUUUUUACCAAAGAGGCGGGGGGGCGUGCGCACCUGGGCGCCCGGCAGUUCCUGGUGGUCGUCAGUGGAAAUGACUCAGAUCAUCUUGUGUAUCAGGAUGCCCGGAUGAUCAAAUCAGCAGGGGUUACCGUUGUUGGGAUGAGUGCAGGUGCAAGUUUGGAUGCCCUGCAUCGGUUCGUUAACUCUGGGUACGCGUUCGAUUCUCCCAGAGUACUUACCCUAAAGGAAUUCAUCGUGACUGAGAAAAUGGACCACAUUACUGAAGAUUGCAAAGGAGCAAACAUUGCAGACAUUGUGUUCAUCGUUGAUGAGUCGGGAAGCAUUGGAGCGGAGAAUUUCCAGCUGGUGCGCUCGUUCCUGCACUCCAUCGUGAGCAGCCUGGACGUGAGACCGAAUAAAGUCCAAGUGGGCAUCGUUACGUACAACGAGGAGUCCAAAGCACAGGUCUACCUCGACACGUUCGAUAACAGGGAGGAAAUCCUGCAGUUCAUCAGCAGGCUGCCUUACACUGGAGGGGGGACGAACACCGGAGCAGCCCUGAACUUCACGCGGGACAACAUCUUCAUUGAGGAGAAGGGCAGCAGGAGAAGGAAGGGCGUCCAGCAGGUGGCGGUGGUGAUCACCGACGGGGAAUCCCAGGACAGCGUGUUUGAAGCAGCAGCCAGUCUCCGUCGGGAUGACGUCAGCGUGUACGCUGUAGGAAUCAAACACGCCAGCAAGGAGGAACUGGAGGAGAUGGCGUCUCACCCCGUCCAUAGGCAUGUCUUUAACGUGGACAGUUUCACCGAGCUCAGGGCGCUGAAGCACAGCCUGCAGAAAGUAAUCUGUGAAAACGUCAUUGAUCAAGCCGUCAAAGUCAGCGUGAGGGAGUCCAAGGCCAAAAAAGCGUGUGUACAAAAGGAUGAAGCAGACAUCUUCUUCCUGAUGGACGACUCGGGAAGCAUUGGGAACCUAGACUUCGAAGACAUGAGGAACUUCAUCAUCAAGUUUUUCCGUACCUUCAAUAUCGGGCCGGACCACGUCCGCGUCGGGCUUGUGAAAUAUGCUGGUGAUCCAUCGUUGCAAUUUGACCUGACAGCCACCUUAGAUGUUGAUAAAAUGGAGACAUUCGUGAGGAAUAUUGACCAUAAAGGCGGUGGGACAGAGACAGGAAAAGCUCUAAAAUCCAUGGGCCCACACUUUAGGAGAGCGAAGCAAACCCGUGGUCACAAAGUCCCAGAGUACCUGAUCGUCAUCACAGAUGGGAAGUCCUCCGACGACGUCAAGGCUCCAGCCGAAGAGCUGAGGCUGCAGGGGGUCAUCAUCUUUGCCAUCGGGGUGAAAGACUACAACCAAUCAGAGCUGGUAGACAUCGAGGGCGACACCAAGAGGACUAUCCAGGUCAACAAUUUCGAUGCCUUGAAAUCUAUCAACAACAACAUCAUCGAAGAAAUCUGUUCUGAAGACAUUUGCAGAGAUAUACUGGGAGACAUAUUUUUCUUAGUGGACGGCUCUGAGAGCAUCUCUAGCGUCGACUUCAUGAAAAUAAAAGAAUUCCUGAAAACCGUCAUCAGCAAGCCGACCAUCGAGCAGAAUAAGGUGCACGUCGGUCUCAUGCAGUUCAGCACUGACAACAGGCUGGAGUUUCCGCUCGGCCGAUACUACAACAGAGAUGAAAUCCUCACCGCCAUCGAUGAUAUGGAGCCCCUGGACCGAGGAACCUUCACAGGGAAGGCCCUCACUCAGGUGUCACAGUAUUUCGAUGUGAACAACGGGGGGCGUCCGGACGUCGGUCAGAGGCUGAUCGUGAUAACAGACGGCGAGGCCAAAGACGAGGUCCGGGGCCCCGCUGAGGCCCUGAGGAAGAAGGGAGUGGUGGUGUAUGCCAUCGGGGUGGGGGAGGCCAACAGCAACCAGCUGUUGGACAUCAGCGGCUCCCAAGACAGGGUGUAUUCGAAGAAAGACUUUGAUGCGCUGAAGGACUUGGAGAGCCAGGUGUCUCUGGAGCUCUGCUGGCAAAAGGGAGGAGUUAAAACGUUUGAUGGCCCCAGGCAGGAAUGA